AUGUCAUGGAGCAGCUUUACACCGAUCGACUCAAUGGGGAUAUUAAAGCAUCGACUCAAAAAGAUUUACUCCAAAGAUGUGAUUAUACUGUUACGAGACUUUGCUCAAGACGCAGAAAGAUGGCGAGCAGCAACGAUCCAAGCUUUAUAUGUUCAGACGGAGCAAAAGCUCGCGACAAUCUACGUGGAAGGAACUUGA